AUGGGUGAAAUUGGCUUUUCCCCGUUCUUCGAAGCUAGAGCUGAACGGAACGCUUAUCUUGCAAGUGGUAUGCUUAUUCUGUACGAAUAUUGUCGAGUUUUUCUGGGUUUGUUCCUAAGCCAAUCACCUCCUGGUUUCACUCUUCCCUCAAACAACUUCAAAGAAACAACGAUGGUCGAUCGCGAAAGGGCUUUUUCUUUGGAGCCGAUAUUAUGGGUUACUCUUCAACAUCCGCCCCCGAUUCAUUCAUUUCAGCUCGAAUGCCAUUGUGUACCUCUACCCAAAACCGUCAUAUUCAGUGCUGAUUUCUUUCAUUGGCAAAACACCGGAGCUUCCCUUCAAGUGAUCACAUCACACUUGAUUCUACAAUUACGAUUAUGUGCCAUGUAUGGGAACACUUGGAAGAUCGUUGCUCUAUGCGUAUUCUUGACUUGCGGUGAAGCCUUGACGAUGGGAAUAAUAUUCGGGAUACCUAAUGACAAACUCGUUGGAACUAAUAAUCCUUUCCCGGGGCUUUACAUCUGCGCCGACGCGGACCCGUCAGACGGUUCACGGUGGCUGGUAUACUAUUGGAUGUCCAUAUUAAUCACCGACACUGUGUUACUUUCGUUGGCUCUUGCGAAAGCUUGGAGAUACCGCCCCUCGACAGGACUUUGCAGUGCCCUCAUGAUAACCCUCACAAAAGAUUCCGUGGUCUAUUUCUUCAUCAUCUGCUCUGUUUACCUCGCCAAUCUAGUCGUUUGGUUUUUCAAUCGAAUCACCCUCAACGAACUCCUUACUUCCUUCUCCUUCGUCAUCUCGAGUAUCCUCGCAAAUCGCCUGCUCAUUUCCCUCCGACGAGAAUCUUUUCGCUGUCAACCGGAUGCAGAGAUUCAUUCAUACAUGCCUUCAAUUCGACGUACCGAAAGCCUACAAUUCACUACCAUUCUCGAUAACGUCACCCCUGCGACAACUACAAAUGGUUCGAGGAUAUAA